UGUCAACGUUACAAAAAAUAUUUAUUGAAAUGCAGCUACGGAAUGUCAAGUUAAAACAGAAGGGUAGGAGGUUUAGCAUGGAGGAGAAAGUCCUGGCCUUGUCCUUAUAUAAAAGGUCUCCAAGAUGCUAUCGAUAUUUAGCUUAUUUGUUCAUUUUGCCAUCACCUGCCACUUUACGCCAACUGCUUAAAAAAGUGCACUCUGACACUGGCAUCAAUAAAGUGAUGCUGAAACAUUUGAAGCAAAAGGCACAAAAGAUGAAGGAGUUAGACAAAGUAUGUGUGCUAAUGUGGGAUGAAAUGAGUCUCACACCGCAUAUACAAUAUAAUGAAGCGAAGGACAAGUACGUUGGAUUCGAAGACUACGGAAAUGAACGAACUCAACACUUUGCUGAUCAUGUGCUCGUAUUUAUGUUACGAGGAAUAGCAACAGGCUGGAAGAUACCUUUAGGAUAUUAUUAUUGCGAGAGCUCAACAAACCAUUUCCGACUCAUGCGAUGCAUUCAGGACAAUGUUCGCACUGUAACCCAUGCUGGAUUGAAUCUGGUAGCUACAGUUUGUGACCAAGGUUCUGCAAACAUGUCAGCACUGCGAAAGUUCCGAAAACAACAUUCUAUAAGGAUAGGAAUACCUGAAAAUAUGUGUACGGAAAUCGACAUUGCAAACUGUUCGCUAAUAACAAUAUACGAUCCUCCUCAUCUUUUAAAAGGCAUCAGAAACAAUUUAUUAACAAAGGAUUUGGAGAUUAACUAUGCGACAGAUAGGCCAGAAAAGGAUAGGCAGUAUGCAACCUGGCUUCAUAUUGACAAAGCGUAUGAAAUAGACGUGCAUGAGUGCACAAUAAAUAGAGCCAUGCCAAAAUUGACAAAUCAGCACAUUAAAGUCGACAAAAUUCGGAAGAUGAAGGUGAAGAAUGCUGCUCAAAUAUUCAGCCGAUCCGUGUCUUUGUUUCUUCAGUUAGCUGUUUUAUGGAGUUGUGACAGUGCAAGAGCCAUGUCAAAAGAUAUAUGCGUACCAGCAGAGGCUUCGCAUACUUCGCACGUCUGUAUAUUCUUCAAUAACCUGUUUGAUUCGGUGAACGCCAACAGUGUCUCAACGAAAAACAAUCCACCAUUGCGGACUGCUGUUACAAAAACCAGUCAACACCUAGAAUUUUGGAAAGACGCUUCCCGGACACUGAAGUCAAUGAGGUACGUACAUCGAAAAACGAAGAAACCGACACCGACUGUACCAUCAUUGAAGAAUUGGAAUUGUACAAUCGAAGGGAUGGCAACACUGUGGGCCAAACUUGAACCCAUGGGAUUCAAAUAUUUUAAGACUCGUAAUGUAAAUCAAGAUCCGCUAGAGAACUUCUUCGGGGCUAUCCGUAGUCAUGGACAACGUUACGUUUCUCCGACAGCGUGGCAAUUUGACGUAUUAUAUAAGACACUGUUACUUAAUAAUGUAUCGUCUUUACAUUCCGUAGGUGCAAAUUGCGAGAAAGACGAUGGUGAUUUUCUUCUCACUUUUAAUAGUUUUAUUAAUAACGCAACAAAAGAGUCAUCCAACGAUGACACGACUAAUGCAGAAUUAUUUGAUGAUUCUUGUGUUACAGAAACUGUUCAAAACUUCGACGCAAAUAAUAAUAAUAACUUUGCAAAAGGCACUCGUAUGUAUGUAGCGGGAUGGAUGGCCCGGAUGUUGUUAAAUAGCGUAAAAGAAUGUCGGGAUUGUUCCGCGUGUCAGUGCAGUUUUUCAAGUAAUUCUCACAAUGAUCCUGAAUAUACAUUUAUUAAAAUUCGAGAAUUUGACAGUUCGAACCAUGCCCUCGCGUAUAUAAAUAUGGAUUAUUUUGAAAUGUUUGUUAAGGCGGACAAGUUGUUAAGCUGCUGGAUUACCAACGUUUGUUUUAAAAGUAAUGUAGCGAAAAGGCUUCGACUUGCGCUCCGUAAAAGAUUGCAUUCCGAAUGGAUUAAAUGUCGCUCUCACCAAAGACUAUUAUUUAACAAAUUUUUGCAAUUAUUUGUACGGAUAUUUUUAUUUCAUUGGUCCAAUGUUAUAAACCGUGUUAUGAAUGGACUUAAUACGCGAAUGCAGCCGAACGAUAUAAUGAUUAAACAAACGAUAAAAAAAUGCGCAGCUAUAAGAAGCAGAAAUUGUAAAAAGUUAUUGGUAAAAUAAUUGUAGAAAAAAAUAUUUUUUACAAUUAUUUAUCAAGUAACUUUGUUUUUUACACAUGAAAUAUUAAUUAUUUACA